AUGUUGGUGGUACCAGAUCACAGACAGCUGGGUCUCGCAUUCACCUGCUACGGGGUGCUUGUGGCGGCGGCGCUGGUGAUUGCCUAUUACUGUCACAAGAAAGUGGACUAUCUCUUCAUUGACGAAUUCUUCCACAUCCGCCAGGCUCAAACAUACCUCAGUGGCAACUUCAAGGAAUGGGAUGACAAGAUCACUACGCCGCCUGGACUUUACUGGCUUGGCUAUGGGUUCAUAAAACUCUUCAACUUGAAGGAUUCUAUCACCAAUUGGCGGGCCGUCAACUUGUUCGGGGGACUCUUGGUGUUCCCCAUUGUGUUGUGGUUCUUCCCUCAACGCCAGUGGUGGAUCGCCACCAUUGUGGGCCAGCCUUUGAUAUACACCUACUACUUCCUAUUCUACACCGAUGUGUGGCUGACAAUUUUCGUGGUGGCAGCGUUGGUGGCGUCAAUGGUCCCCACUGGUCCCCGUUUACUUCUCGGUGGGAUCCUUGGGUUUAUCAGUUUGUGGUUUAGACAAACCAACAUCUUAUGGGUGGCGUUUGUGCUAUCAAUUGCGUUAGACUACCAUGCUCGAGGCAAGUUUGGCUGGAAUCGGCUUAAGCCGUUUUUAUCGGGUUUAUUGCUGGUCAAAGUGGUUCCCUUCUACGCGACGUUCGCUGCAUUCGCUGGGUUUGUGUGGCAAAACGGAGGCAUUACACUUGGCGAUAAGCUGAAUCAUCAGGUGUCGUUCCACUCCGCCCAAGUGUUGUAUUGCCUAUUAUUUAUUUGCGCUUUCACUUGGCCUGCGUGGCUUUCACCCAAGUUGGCUCGCGACUAUCUUCGGGCCUGGACUCGCUACUACGGGCUCUCGGCAGUGCUUCAAGUCGCCAUUAUCUACGGGUUGGUUAAAAUCAUUGAGUAUGGCACUACCGUGCACCCGUUCCUUGUCGCCGACAACCGGCACUAUCUGUUCUAUAUCUAUCGCAAAUUGUUCAAAAGAGCCGGGAUCUGGAUGGCACCCGUGUACCAUGCCUGUGGCUGGGUUGUGGUCAACCAGUUGCUCCAGGCUCGGAGGUUAUCGUGGAUCACCACUCUGACCUUUUUCGGAGCAAUGGUGUUGACGCUUGUACCGCUGCCAUUGUUUGAGCCGCGGUACUACAUCGUACCCGUGGUGGUGUUCCGCAUGUUCAUCAACCUGGCCCCAGGUAAGUGGCGCAAUCUCGUUGAGUUCCUGUAUUUGAUGGCCAUCAUCACGUUUGUGUUUGCGGUAUUCUUCGGUUACGAGUUCCCUUGGGACACCGAGUACCACCCGCAACGAAUCAUCUGGUGA